AUGGAAGAAUCUCGUAAAGCUCACCAAGCUACCAUUGCCACAGCAUCACCUAACACCGGAACCACCGCCACUGGUUUAACAGUUUCCACGACGCCCCCACAACUAUUGAAAAUAACAAUCGAUUCUAUCAUCAACAACCAGACUUCAGCACUCUCGUCUCAAAAGGAAGGAGUCGACUGUGGAGAAACAUUUAGUCUUGUGGUAAAGCCAACAACAAUCCGCACAGUACUUUCCAUCGCUCUUUUGAAUGCAUGGCAAAUUCACCAACUUGACGUGAAAAAUGCAUUUUUACACGGUAACUUGCACGAAGCUGUGUACAUGCAUCAACCCCCAGGGUUUCGGGAUUCCUCCUAUCCGAAUCACGUUUGUUUACUCAAGAAAUCUCUAUACGGCCUCAAACAAGCACCUCGAGCUUGGUACCAACGGUUCGCCGAUUACGUGUUCACCAUGCGGUUCAAACAAAACAAGUGUGAUCACUCUCUUUUUGUGUAUAAGAACGGCUCACACACAACAUUUAUACUCCUCUAUGUAGAUGAUAUCUUUCUCGUGACAUCAUCACCUCAUCUUCGCCAACAGUUAAUGAAGCUAUUAGCCAAGGAAUUUGUAAUGAAAGAUUUUGGCCCUCUAAGCUACUUCCUUGGCAUUUCGGUCACACAGAAAAAGGAUUCCAUUUAUCUCUCCCAACAAAAAUAUGCCACGGAGAUCUUACAAAGAGCUAGCAUGAGCUCUUGUCAUCCAUCAUCCACACCGGUCGACACAAAAUCCAAAUUGAGCACUAAUGAUGGCACUCUACUCUCCGAUGGAGGUACUCAUUACCGUCAGCUAGCUGGAGCUCUUCAAUACCUUACAUUCACACGCCCGAACAUAUGCUAUGCAGUUCAGCAAGUUUGCAUGCACAUGCAUGCCCCUCGAACACCUCAUUCCAAUGCUCUAAAAAGAAUCUUAUGCUACAUAAACGGCAAAAUCCAUCACGGGAUUCACCUCACUAGAUCACCCACACGCUCCCUUGUCGCAUAUACAAAUGCUGAUUGGGCGGGGUGCCUGGAUACAAGGCGCUCGACAUCCGAAUACGCUAUCUACAUGGUACAUAACCUCGUCUCCUGGUCAUCGAAGCGGCAACCAACUCUUUCCCAUUCAAGUGCCGAGGCGGAAUAUCGAGGAACUGCGAAUGUCGUUUCCGAAGCAUGUUAG